CCCGGGGGCUUCUGGGUAGCGGUUUACCCCCGCCCACUGCGUCAGCGUCUUCCUUUCGCCGCCGGACGCCGCCGAGGUCGCACGCGUGAGGUCUGUCCCCCGCAGCCGACAUGCGCUACGUCGCCUCUUACCUGCUGGCCGCCCUCGGGGGCAACUCCUCUCCUAGCGCCAAAGACAUCAAGAAAAUACUAGACAGCGUGGGCAUCGAGGCGGACGAUGACCGGCUCAACAAGGUCAUCAGUGAGCUGAAUGGAAAGAACAUUGAGGAUGUCAUCGCUCAGGGUGUUGGCAAGCUGGCCAGUGUGCCUGCUGGUGGGGCUGUGGCUGUCUCUGCUGCCCCUGGCUCUGCAGCACCUGCUGCUGGUUCUGCCCCUGCUGCAGCAGAGGAGAAGAAAGAUGAGAAGAAGGAGGAGUCCGAGGAGUCGGAUGACGACAUGGGAUUUGGCUUGUUUGAUUAAAUUCCUGCUCCCCUGCAAAUAAAGUCUUUUUAUGUAUCUUGA